UUGUGUUAUUUUAAACGCCAAGAGAAUCGGUCUUUCUUCAACUUUUGUAGCUUCAGCUUGACAGAAAUAAAAGUCAGUCACCAAACACAAUUUUUCAACACAUAGUGUGUAUUUAUAGUUUUUCAUUGCUGAUAUAAGAGGAUGGUAGCUGGCUGAUAGCAAGGCACAAAAAUUAAGACUUCCUGAAAAGAUGAGAGUGUAGACUUUCUGGUAAAUCUUGUUCUAAUGUAAAAUAUGACAGAUCACUGGAUUGAGGAAAUUUCUAGUAUACUACAUGCUACCACACAUAACAAUUUUUGAGAAUUUGGAAACAGUUGCUCUUUAUUCCCCAAAGUUAUGGGAGGAGGAGAGGAGAGAAUGGAUAUUUCAGCUGCCUGAAAUAAUCCGUUCCCCCUCCAUAAAAUGGGAACAAAUUAACUUACCAGAAAAUCUUUUAUUGUGCUUAUUUCUCUCAUCAUCAAAAACAAAUCCUAUGAAUUUGGUAAUACUUUCUCUUUAUUUGACAAAGUUAUGAGGGGGGAACCAUAUAUUUUAGCCACCUAAAAUAAUCCGUUCCCCCUCCAUAAAAUGGGAACACAAUGACUUACCAACAAGUCUUUAACUGUGUUUAUUCCUCUCAUCACCAACAAUAAAUCAUGUGAAUUUGGUAGCAUUUGCUCUUUAUUUGACAAAGUUGGGGGGGGGUUAACCAAAUAUUUUAGCCACCUGAAAUAAUCCGUUCCCCCUCCAUAAAAUGGGAACAAAUUAACUUACCAGAAAAUCUUUUACUGUGCUUAUUCCUCUCAUCAUCAACAACAAAUCCUGUGAAUUUGGUAGCAUUUGCUCUAAAUUUGACAAAGUUAUGAGGGGGGGACCAAAUAUUUUAGUUGUUCUUGCCCCUGAAAUAAUUUGUCCCCCCUCCAAAACAUGGGAAAAAAUAAACACACCUUGUGAAUUUUGAAACUGUUGGUCAUUAUUUUUCUUUAUAUCGUUUGAAACAUUUAUUUUUUUAUAUUUUGAAAUCAAAUGGUUAAAAUAAAUAUGACUGUUAGUUUGAUGAUCUUUAUGAAAGGUAUUUUCUGUUUAGAUAUUUAUCUAUUUAAAUAUUUUUAUAUAUAUUUGCAAAUACAUUUGCAGAUAUUACAACUAACAAUGUACCUUACAAUAGAAACACAUACGCUGUUUUCUGGACAGUCAAAAAUCACGUGAUGCUAUUCCUUCAAUCAAUUAUGCAAAUGUGCAAGUCCGCUCUGUGUUGGUCAGGUUGUUUAUCACGUUUUGCUUUAUGUUAAGCCAACUAUUGCAUUAACUCGACACUUUUCAUAAAUAUGGACAGUUUGGAAUAUGAAACGCUCUUUAACUAUAAAGCUAAAGGCGAAUAUCCCCCGCAGUCAACAAAGCAAAAAAAAUAUGUCAUUCGAAGGAAAGCCUCUUCGUACAAGAUUGAAGGUAAGAAUUUUUAUCUUCCAGAGUGAUACCUUGAAGGUAACCUCUACUUUAAUAUGUAUCAAAUAGUGGAAUGCAUUAGUUAUCUAAAAAGCAGUUAGAUAACACUCAAUGCUUUUUUGUUAUUGAUUUCCUGCUGUAUUAAUUUCGAUUAAUAUGUGUGCCCACACGAUUGUUACUCCAAGUUAUAAUGCAGGAAUAACGCACAAUUUUCUUGACUGCACUUGUUAUUCAUGUGAAUUACACUUCUACUCCAUUUCUACUUUUAAGUUGUGUUGUCGAAAGAUUCCCAUACUGCUACAUUAAUCAAUAAAAGAAACAAAAUCUAGCAAAGUGGCCAAUUUUAAAGGAAUAUGCAUUUGAUAAUGUCUUUCUUUAUGUUCUGUUUAUUGCAUGCUUCUUGUUUCAACUUCUAUGUAUAAGUCAGGUAGUAGUAUACAUUUGCCUAUUUUUAGAAUUAUAAAUGUAUUUUAAUAAUAGAAUUUCAUGCUUCAGUCAUAUUUUUAUUAGUGGCUUUAUCUUUUCCAAGGAAAUGACCUCUUCUAUGUUAGACACAAAGGCAGUCGUUCCACAACAAAGGUGAAAGUUGUUAAAGGUGCUGAGGAAGCCGAAAGAAUAUUUGUUGACUUCCAUGCCAGCCCUACAGGUGCACAUUGUGGACAAAUAAAAACAACAGAUGCCAUCUCAAGAAGAUUUUAUUGGCCAGGAAUGUCUGUGGACAUCAAGAAAUGGGUCUCUGAGUGCUCAUCCUGUCAGGCCAGUGGCCAAGCACUGAAACAACCAUCAGUGUAUACUCCCUUAAAGGUUUCCCAUCCCUUUGAAUUAAUUGGGAUGGACCUCAUCGGAAACCUGGCCGAAACAAAAUCUGGACACAAGUAUAUUUGUGUCAUGAUUGACUAUUUUACGAAGUGGUCACAGGCAUAUCCCCUAAAAUCUAAAUCUGCACCUGAAGUUACGGGAUGCAUAAUUAAGUUUGUGCAUCAGUUUGAAGCCCCAAAAAGGAUUCUGACCGACCAAGGACGAGAAUUUGUAAAUUCCAUAAACCAAGAAGUGUGCAAAAUUCUUAAUAUAAAACGAAGCCUAUGUUCGCCCUACCAUCCCCAAACAAAUGGGUUGGUUGAAAAAAUGAAUGGGACCAUUCAAAGAGAUCUGAGUAAGGUUGUGGAUGGCCAUCCACAUACUUGGGAUGAGUAUUUGGAUGCUGUGAUGUUUGGGAUUCGCACCAAAAAACAAAUAACAACACAGUAUUCCCCAUACUUCCUCAUGUUCGGAAGAGAGGCACGCUAUCCCUCGGAAGUCCCUGAACAUUACAUGAUUGACGGUGCUGUGGAGGACGUCAUUGGAGUGGAGGAGUUGGCAGAGGACCUUAAAAUCCAAGAAAGCUUGAGGAGCAUUGUCAGUGACAAUGUAUCCAAAAAACAAGAGAAAGCGAAGGGCAGAGCACAACAAAUUGUUUGGACUGUGUUUAAACCUGGUGACCAAGUGUGGAGGCAGAACACACGCAGUCAGCAGAGAAAAGGUGGGAAGUUGGAUGCUGGUUUUCUUGGACCCUUUACAGUCAUCAGUCUUCAAGGCAAAAAUGCAGAUAUUCAAGAUGAGAAUGGUGUGAUAUUCCGGAAGAUAAACACUGACCAUCUGAAAAUCUGCAUUAAAGAGAAUCCUCGACUGCCACACUGUUUAAAAAUUCAAGAAAUCAAAAUAAAUUUUGCUCAACCCCCGGCUGAUGCAGCACUACACCCUUAUGAUCCAGUACCACCCCCCCCUUCUCCAACAUCACCCCCCCUUCUCCAACAUCUCCCCCUGCUCCAGCAUCACCCCCCCCCCCCCCCGCUCCAACAUCACCCCCCCUGCUCCAACAUCUCCAGCAUCACCCCCCCCCCCGCUCCAGGAAGGAAAUUGUUUGUCACCACCCUCUGCUCCAACAUCUCCCCCCGCUCCAGCAUCACCACCCUCUUCUCUGCCUAUAACUCCUCUUCCGUCUGCUUCCCAGGGAAAAUCUCUAGCAGAGAAAUAUGUGCAAGAUGCUUUUACUGGGAAAAACGUCUUUGUCCUUCUGUCAAAAGUAAAUGCAUACAAGUUGUUUUACUUUGACAUUAAUAAAAUUGGUCCUGACAUGGAACUGGAGAGUCAGUCUAUUAACGCAUUUAUGGCUGUCAUCGUGAAGGAUUACAACAGCCAGAACACAGGACAGGCUGCCUUCAUAGACUCAUUUGCAAUGACAGCAAUGUGGCAGGGAAAAAGUCCUAGAUUAAAAAAGAUGAACCCAAUGAAUUAUGAAAUAAUUCUGGGAAUCAACAAUCAACACCACCACUGGACUUUAGUGGUGAUCUACCCACAAGAGAAAAAGUCUUUGUUCUUGAAUCCACUGGGGGAAUCAAAACAAGACAUCCAGAAAUGUUUGCAAAUCACAAGGGCAUUUAUGAGGAAGAAGGGGUGCAAUGUCUCACGUUGGACAUGUGACACAGUCAAGCAUCCAAAACAACAGGAUAGUACAUCAUGUGGUGUAUUUUCACUGAAGUUUGCAGAAAAAAUCCUAUCAAAGGAGGUUGUGGAUUUUCCUGUUUCCAAUGAGGCGGUCUACAGCAUGAGGUUGGAAAUUGCUGUGAGACUUAUCCUUAACAGUGAUGACCUAAAAGACUUGUGCCACUUCUGUGGAGAGAUGGAAAGUGACUCAGAUGUGAACUGGGACGUUCUUUUCGGAUGACAAUUUCCCAGAUGUUCCUGUCCGUGCUGCCUGUGUUUUUGUUUUUGGCGCUGUCGUUGCUGACAGGGCUGUCAGAGCUGGGAGUUAUUUCAGUCCAUCUUGAUGUAUUUUUACAAUUUCCAACUUGGGCCAGAAUUUUCCUAAUUCUGUUGGUUCUGCUGUUUCUUACUAUUGAAGUGGGCCUUUUGAUUCGUUUUCGACAACACUUUAUAUCAAAUCGACCACGACGUCCAGUGACCGUUCAGUCAGAAGAAACUAUAGCUCUAAGGUAGACCCAAAGAGAUGGGAAACGGUACCUUGUUGUCGACUGUGGAGUCAAAAGAUAAACAUAUCAGCUUCACCGUUCAUGAAGUCCUGGAAGGAGGAUCCCUGAAGAAGCUGCAAAUCUAAAAUUUAAGUGGGAGGAAAAACUGUGGAGAAAAACUUCAAACAGCUCCUGAUAGAAAUCUUCUGUGAUGGUGUCUGGGAUGAAUAUGAGGAAAACUUCCCCAAUCAGGUUCAGGAGAUGAUGUAUGAUUUUACUCAUCUCUAACAUUUCAAUAAAGAUGUUCAGAUCAGUUGCCUGGGUAACCUGGUCAUGUUGGCUGAGAAACAGAAAAAGAAAGAGAUUGAAACGUGGAAGGAGCUUCCUGGGAUGAUGGAUCCAUCAGAAUCUUCAGAGAUACUGAAAACUUUCUAUGAUGAGCAUUUGCAAGGAAUAACUAAGAAACUCAGGAAAAAAUUAGACAAAAAUCUCAACAUUGGUAAUAUUGUGUUAGUGGGAGGUUUGGCUGAGAGCCAGAUUCUACGUCAGCACAUCACUGAUCAGUUUGGACCUCAGUAUAAAGUCCUGUGUCCUCUUAGACCCCAGGAAGCGAUCCUGAAAGGAGCCGUAGAGUUGGGGAGAAACCCAAAGUUGGUGGAGUAUUCUAUUUAUUAAAUAUCUUCUGGUCUGAAUCCACCUUUGCCUCCUCUUCUUUAAUUUGUGAAAUAUAUAUGUACAUAUAAGUUUGCAGUGACGUGCGGUCAGGGGAGGCAGGUGAGGCAGUGCCUCACCAGCCAUCAUGGAAAGAAAGAAAAUAUAUAAUCAUAAAGUAAUUUAAAUUGUUAUAUUCAUCCGGUGGUUUGUACUAAAAAAUAUUUAUUUUUCAUGUAGCUUCACCAAUUUCGAUUUUUAUUUGUUCAAAAUCGCUGAAUUUUCUUAUUUUCCCAUUCAAAUGCUUGGAAGCGAUGCCGGUGAGGCAGCAGCGAGCUCUGCCUCACCUUGGAUUGCGCAACCCCUGGCUCUGCGCUGGCUGCUAAGCGGAGAGAGCAUGUUGCUGUACGGCGUCAAUAAAAUGGUUUAAACAAAUUUAAUAUGUGAACUUAUUUCCAAUAAUUUAGCUUAUGUAUAUAAUGUACAGUGCUUUUUGUCACCAACUGUGUUUGUGUAACGUGUUUCGUGUAAUGAGCGAUUAUAAACGGCAGAGAACAGGUUCGAGGUGAGGCAGGCAGUUCUCUUGCCUCAUGGCAGGGGGCGCUCAAGAUCCCAGACGUUCGUCUUGUUCACUCCUCAACUGCCGAGUAAGUGACAGCGAGCUAGGCUAAACGAUUCGGGAAGCAAGUCAAGUGCGGCGAUAGAUUAUAAUAGAGAUAGUGAUUUUUUUCCUCUCGCUUAUCCCGACUUUCGACAUGGAUUAUUUUAUUUUGUUUUGUUUUUUAAGGAAAUGUGUGUUUUGUGAGCUACAGUUUGUAUGUGUAAGGAUGCAGAAGUGAAACAUAACCUGUAAACUGCUGUCAAUCUAUGCAUCUAUUUGCAAAUCUGAUUCUGAUGACGUCAGUGCCUCACCAGUUAUGAACCUCAUCGCACGUCACUGUAAGUUUGUGUUUCAAUGGUCUAACUGGAUCACAGCUGAGCUCCAGCACAUAAGACAAUGUUGCAAUUAAUUUUUUGUUUUGAAUAAUUCAGAGAAUAUGUACAGUUGUUUUAUUGUUUACAGAUUGAAUUAACAAUAAAAGUAAAUUUUGU